AUUACGGUUCUCAAGAGUUGAGUUGCUGACAGACAGGAGGUGUUGACUCGUUCAGAGCGGCUUUGUGAACCGGUUCAACUAGUUCAUUAAAAGAUCCGAUUCCCAAAAACGAUUCAUUGGCGAGUCAAAUGAACAGUGGCAUUUGACUUCCGCACCGCUGUUUGCUGAUUCCGACACCAUGGUGCUCGGUGUCGGACUGAUGUCGGUUCUCCUCCUGAUCCUACCACCGGUCACGUAUGCCACAACACCAAGUUUCUCCAUCGAUUACCGUCAAAACUGCUUCCUUAAAGAUGGAGAGGCGUUUCGCUACAUCUCUGGCAGCAUCCACUACAGCAGGAUUCCCAGAGUCUACUGGAAGGACAGGCUACUCAAGAUGUACAUGGCUGGUUUGAACGCCAUCCAGACAUAUGUGCCAUGGAACUUCCACGAGCCGGUGCCUGGUCAGUACGACUUCAGCGGAGACCGGGAUCUAGAGCACUUCCUACAGCUGUGCCAAGACAUCGGCCUGCUGGUCAUCAUGAGACCAGGCCCCUACAUCUGUGCAGAGUGGGAUAUGGGGGGUUUGCCUUCCUGGCUGUUGAAAAAGAAAGAUAUUGUGCUGCGAUCAUCUGAUCCAGAUUACCUUGCAGCAGUGGAUAAGUGGAUGGGGCAGUUGUUGCCCAUCAUAAACCGUCACCUGUACCAGAACGGAGGACCCAUCAUUACGGUGCAAGUAGAGAAUGAAUAUGGGAGUUACUUUGCCUGUGAUUAUAAUUACAUGCGGCAUCUCAGCCAGCUGUUCCGCUCUCAUCUGGGAGAAGAGGUGGUCCUGUUCACCACAGAUGGAGCAGGUGUGGGUUAUCUCAAGUGUGGGUCCCUCCAGGGCAUCUAUGCCACCGUUGACUUCGGCCCAGGUUCAAAUGUGACUGCUGCUUUUGAAGCACAGAGACACGCAGAGCCACGUGGGCCUUUGGUGAACUCUGAGUUCUACACUGGCUGGUUGGAUCACUGGGGCGAGAAACAUGUUGUCAUACCCACAGCUGCUGUGGUCAAGAGUCUCAAUGAAAUUCUGGAAAUGGGAGCCAAUGUCAACUUAUAUAUGUUCAUCGGUGGAACUAACUUUGGCUAUUGGAAUGGCGCCAACUCUCCUUAUGGUCCUCAACCAACCAGCUAUGACUAUGACGCCCCACUCACGGAAGCUGGAGACCUCACAGAAAAGUAUUUCGCCAUAAGAGAAGUCAUCAAAAUGUACAAAGAGUUACCAGGAGGACUGCUGCCUCCAUCAACACCUAAAUUUGCUUAUGGACAAGUGCAAAUGAAGAAGCUCAAGACAGUGUUAGAGUCUUUAGAUAUAUUAUCUUUCUCUGGCCCUGUAAAAACUCUUUACCCACCAACAUUUACUGAAAUGAAUCAGGCCUUUGGCUUUAUGCUGUAUCAGACUGUGUUACCUGUCAACUGUUUGAAGCCCACCCCGCUGUCGUCCCCGCUAAAUGGAGUCCAUGAUCGGGCAUAUAUAUCCAUUGAUGGUAUUGCUGCUGGUAUUUUGGAGAGAAACAAGGCACUCACCAUCAAUAUAACCGGGAAAGCUGGCAGCCGUGUGGACGUCCUAGUGGAGAACAUGGGCAGAAUCAACUACGGCAAAGAAAUUAAUGACUUCAAGGGUCUGGUGUUUAAUCUGACUCUGGGUGCUGAUGUUCUGGGUAACUGGACGGUGUACUCUCUGAGUAUAGAUGAAGCAGUGCGCGAGGGGCUGUUGUCGGCAUCAAGCGGAUUCAUCUCCACCUCCACCAGCUUCACCACCUCCUCUCCUCCUGCUCUUUCACCUCCAACCUUCUACGCUGGCAGCUUCAUCAUCCCCAACGGCAUUCCUGACCUCCCUCAGGACACAUACAUCCAGUUUCCCAACUGGAGGAAGGGUCAAGUGUGGAUUAAUGGUUUUAACGUGGGCCGCUACUGGCCGUCCCGUGGGCCACAGGUGACCCUCUUUGUCCCAGCCCACCUGCUCAGCACCUCCGUCCAAAACAACAUAACUGUUCUGGAGUUGGAGGCGUCACCUUGCUCCUCGGGUUCCUGCACGGUGGAGUUCACUGACACUCCUGUCAUAAACGGCACUGUGAAGUCAACCGGCCACUUCAAGAGUAGCUCAACAGACAAGACCUUCUGGAGCAGAACGAUCUUAGAAUAAAACAUUCGAAUCACACUGAUCUGAAGGAAUCUAAAGGAUGAAAUAGGAAGCUGUAAAGGAUAUGACACGCAUGAGUACUGUAUGGAAUAUGUGAUCACUGUGAAUCUACAGUAAUAUCUCGCACAUGUACAGUAAUUCUCAGGUAUCAGUGCUGCUCAGAAAAUGAGCUGUGAUCGUAAUUUUAAUGCAUUAGAUGCCUUUAAGAUGAUGUUAAUAUUGAUUUUCUACUGCUGAUUUUAAGUCCUUCUAUUAUUUGCACUUUUAAUUCUUUUGAAUAAUACUAGAACUCUAGUAGUUUUUAUUUUGACAAACAUGGUAUGGUGUUUAGUCAAGUGCCGUAUUUUUUUAUUUAUU